UGGCAUCUUUGUUUUCUUUGAAAAGAUAAGUUUUGAACGAACAUGUAUACGUACGUCACUUCAAUUCAAAGAAAGAAAAAAAUGUUUUAUUAAAAUAUUCUGUAUAUUGUACAACAUUUUUACGACAUUAUAAAGACAAUAGGUUUGUUCGCGUCGCAUGCUCCAGUGUACACCAGGGAGCACUUGGGUCACGGAUAACAUGUAUUGGAGCGCGUUGGGGCGAAUAGGAGCAUGUUGGAGUAAGCGACGCGAACAAACCUAAUAUCGCGUAAUAUUCUCUCUGCAUUUGAGAUUAUUUCCUAGCCUGCGUGUUCUCUAGUGUGCAUAGUUAUCUAUGUGUGUGCGUAGAUACGACCACGGACACUUUUACGUGAGAGGACAGUUGAUUACAGAAACUCGUUGCAGUUGGUUGCAAGUGCUCAUUGACGAUAGACGUCGUGGUGAGGACAGUUCAUUCCAUCGUUACAUAGAGAAAUCCUCUCCUCUAUUAAGUAGGCUUAUAUGCGCUUUGUUUCAUAAAUUAAGAUUGAACGUAUUGUCGGGAAUAAAGUGUUCUGUUACUGAAGAACGGUGCCCUCAUUCGGUAACCUCAUUCUGCAUACUGAUAGUUAUACCGUGUUCACGUUUCAGCGUUUACUACAGUAGUUUCACUCAAGUGUACAGUUGGACGACGGAGCGUUACAUGUAAGGUUGUAAAAUUGUGCAGAAAAAAAUUCAAGAUGUGGACGUACAACAGGCCAUGCACCAGUGAUGCACGUCUCGACAAUAAAAUUGCGGUAAUAACUGGUGCGAAUAGCGGAAUCGGUAAGGAAACCGCUAGAGAUUUUUACAGAAGAGGCGCAAGAGUGAUUUUGGCUUGUCGAAAUAUGGAAAAAGCAAGACUUGCGGUGGAAGAUAUAAAAGAUAAUCCAUUUCCGAGAGGUUACGAUUGCACAGGCAAGCUAGGCGAGCUCGCACUUUGCCAUUUGGAUCUCUGUAACUUAAAAAGCGUAAGGGAAUGCGCUAUGCAUUUGUUAACGACAGAAUCGGCCAUUCAUCUGCUAAUAAAUAAUGCCGGUGUGAUGAUGUCUCCGUAUGAGAAAACCGUAGAUGGAUUUGAGUUGCAACUACAAUCGAAUUAUCUUGGACACUUUCUUUUGACUCUGUUGUUACUACCACGAAUGCAAUCGUCCGCUCCUGGUUGUAGAAUAGUUAACGUAUCGUCGCUUAGUUAUAUCUUUGGUAACAUACAUUUUGCUGACAUGAAUCUGGAAAGAUCGUGGAAAAUGAUAACACCAUUUAAAGCAUACACACAAAGCAAACUGGCAAAUAUAUUGUUCACUAAAGAACUCGCACGCCGAUUAAAAUUGGCGGGAAUUAGCGGAAUAAACGUGUACUCUCUGCAUCCCGGUGUCAUAAGUAGUGAAUUAGGUCGACACUUCAGUAGAACGAUAAUUCCGGGUGCAUCGUUCAUCUUUCAGCAUGUUAUGCGUCCAUUCAUCAAGAAUGUAAGACAAGGAGCACAAACGACGAUACAUUGUGCUGUAGAUAAAAAAACGGCUAACGAGACCGGUCUCUAUUACAUGGAAUGCCGUGUUAGCAAUCCAUUGUCGAAGGCAAAGGACGAUCAAGCGGCCGAAAAUUUGUGGGAUCACACUUGUCGACUUCUCUCUUUGAAACAUGAUGAAAAUUUUGUUGCGUUUUUGGAAAACGUUUCGCGUCAACUUAGUACGCCAAAUAGUACGUUAUUGUAGAAAAUAAAUUUAUGAAUCAAAAGUAAGACUUGCGCACGCAAAAGUUUUUAUAACAUAAUUGUUUUACAGAAUUAAUGAGAUUGUUCUUAAAUAUCUCUUCAAAUAUUAAAGAAUAGCGUGUUUAUUAUUUUCGCGCUGAUUAUAAUCGUGCUCAGUCAUGUGUCAUUUUGUAUCAUUAUUGAUGAUCUUUUUCUUGAAAAGAUUCGUGUCGCUUUUUUAUAAGCAAAUAUCAAUCCGAUCUUUUAACAAUCGUAUUCUAUAGUAAAGUAGAAUUAGUAAAUUAGAAUAUGAUAAGCGUAUACCUAUAAAUAAAACUAUGCUAUCAUCCUUAAAUAUAACAUUUUAAUAUAAUUUCGCUCACUGCUCACAAGAUUAUACAUAACAUUAUUGGAAUUUUGUACUUUCUCCUAAAAGAGGUCGGUGACGGGUAGGAACAUCCGCUCUCAAUGUGUAAGUUGCCGACUGCAGGCAGAUCACCAGCGUACAGGCAGUGUAAUAACUAAUAAGUAAUAACUGUAAUGCAUCACAAAGACACUUUGAUACUUUGUGCACUGAUAUUUCAACAUUCGAAAUUGCUUACACGUAAGAGCGUAAUAAUAUAUAUGUAUAUAUAUAUAUAUAUAUAUAUAAAUUUUCGCUAUACAGUCUUCUCCAUUUGUUAUUUUAAAAGGGAAAAAUUUGCAUUUUGAAAAUGUUAAUGCUUAUAUAUUUAAUUGUAAUUGUAUCAUGUUAAAGGAUUGCCGAUAUUUCUGGAAUAAGAAGCAACAAUUUUGAAAUUUGAAUAAACUAACAACAAUGACAGCGUAA